UAAAGCAUAGAAAUCAGUGAAAGUACCGCUUUGCUUCAUUGCUACAGUACUCACCAGGAGUAACCACUCACUCUCACUCACUCGCUUCAGUACACAAUGCAGUGGCUUCCGAUUGCUGCUCUACUUUUGAUCACAACUGCUUGCACUGAAAGUGGAUGGUCAAGGCAUGGGUACAGGUACCGGUACGCGUACCAUGGAUCAAUAUGGGGGAAAAUGAUGUGCAGAAUCGGACUAUGCAGAGAAACAUGCAAAGCAGAGAACGAUACUUGCGAAAAUGAGCAGCAGUGUUGUGGAGAUGGCAUCUGCCAGAUGGGAACGUGUAAGACACCCGAGCCUGGCACAGAGGGCUCUGGAUGCCACUCGGACGCCAACUGUAACAAAACCCUUUGCUGUGCCAAACGCCAUCAGAAAAAACGCUACUAUAGCAGUAGCCAUGUUUGCACGAAGAUGAGGACCGCGGGACAGAUUUGCUACCCGAGAGAAGACAACUGUACUGUACACUACCAGUGCCCGUGUGCUCAAGACAUGACAUGUUCGAUAAACAGGACUACAACUUACUACAGGAGUUACUACGGACGCAGACAGAAGAUAGUAAUCACGGACAAUAGAUGUAAGGAAGUAACGCCUAUUGCAACUGAUCCUCCAACUAUAGAACCUGGGACAAGAGACACGAAUGCCAUAACAAUAUCUCCAGCCGAAGUAAGCGGUGAACCAGAGGAACCGAUUGCGGUUGAACAGGAGCCUACCCAAGGUAAUGGUGACGAGCAGAAAAAACGAAAUGUGGAUGGCAAGAAAACAGAGAAAAAGCAAAAAGCAAACAAAGAGAAAAAAGAGAAAAAAGAGAGAAAACCAAAAUCAGGAAAGGGUAGAAAAGGAUGAAAUUAAAGAAGACUGAAACAGUGAACACGAGGCAUGCAGAUACCGAGUGAAGUGUUACACUUUCAUGUGCUGUCAGUAGUAUGAGUAGAUUAGUGUUGUCUGUACAUGGUUGUCUACACAGAUUGUAGUCUCAACUGAAUAUUAAGACACAAUUUCAGUACGACAA